AUGUGGAGGAUCACACAGAUCAGUGAAGAUUUUAAAUGCAUCUCCCAGGUGCUUCACUGGGCCCAGAACAACGCGGACUGGGUCGUCCCGCUCUACUGCUUCGAUCCCCGUCACUAUGUAGGGACCCAUCACUAUAAUUUCCCAAAAACCGGGCCUCAUCGCCUCAAAUUUCUUCUGGAAAGCGUGAGAGAUCUCAGGGAGACCCUCAAGGAGAAAGGCAGUAAUUUGGUGGUUCGCAAAGGGAAGCCGGAAGAGGUGGUCCGCAAUCUCAUUGACCAGCUUGGUUCCGUGGCUGCCGUAGCUUUUCACGAAGAGGUGACGAAAGAAGAGCUGGAGGUUGAGAAGGCACUACGUCAGGUGUGCUCCGAGAAAGGGGUCGCGGUCCAGACGUUUUGGGGUUCCACUCUCUAUCACCGGGAUGACCUGCCCUUCAAGCCCAUUUCCAGGUUGCCAGACGUUUACACUCAGUUCCGCAAAGUGGUGGAAUCGCAAGCGACGGUCCGGCCCCUCCUGAACCUGGCCCCUCUGCUGAAGCCUCUGCCUCCGGAUCUGGAAGACGGAGCCAUUCCUGAUCUGGAGGAUUUUGGGAUGACGAAUCCACCGAGCGACCCUCGCUCUGCCUUUCCUUGCAGUGGAGGUGAGACUCAGGCAUUAAGGAGGCUGCACCAUUAUUUCUGGGACACGAACUGCGUUGCUUCCUACAAGGAGACCCGAAAUGGAUUGAUAGGAGUGGAUUACUCAACCAAGUUUGCUCCCUGGCUGUCUCUGGGCUGCAUCUCGCCGAGGUAUAUUUACCAUGAGAUUCGGAAAUACGAAAAAGAGCGGACUGCAAAUCAGAGUACUUACUGGGUGCUCUUUGAACUGAUGUGGAGGGAUUACUUCCGGUUCGUAGCCCUGAAAUACGGCAACAAGAUUUUCUUGGUGAGAGGGCUUCAAGAGAAGGAGAUUCCCUGGAAGAAAGACCCAAAGUUAUUUGAUUCUUGGAAAGGCUUCAUGUCCAACAGGGGGCGCCAGAACGUGGCCAGUUUCUUGACCAAAGACCUGGGCUUGGACUGGAGGCUGGGAGCCGAGUGGUUUGAAUCCUUGCUGGUGGAUUACGAUGUCUGCAGCAACUACGGGAACUGGCUCUACAGCGCUGGCAUUGGCAACGACCCAAGAGAAAACCGGAAAUUUAACAUGAUCAAGCAAGCUUUAGAUUAUGACGGCAAUGGCGAUUACGCCAGGCUCUGGGUUCCAGAAUUACAGCGCAUCAAGGGGGGCAACGUCCACACCCCCUGGGCCCUGAGCCAGGGCGCGCUCUCGCAAGCUGGCGUUGAGCUCGGCACGACAUAUCCUCUGCCGGUGGUGACCGCCCCGGAGUGGAGCAGGCACCUCAACCAGAAGGCGGCAAACCACCAAAGCACUGCUGCAAGGCGUGGAAAAGGACCCUCCUACACUCCAAAGCAACACAAAAACAGAGGCGUGGAUUUUUAUUUUUCGCACAAGAAAGAUCUGGUCUGACUUGAUGGUCGCUCAUGGUGGUUGUGUAGGGAAAGGACAGGUUGACGUUGGGGUUCCGAAGGGUGAAUUCCAUCAUCUUCCAGGGCCACCAAUCACCUUGACCUUCGUAACAGCCAGAUGGAGGUGGCCACUUGGAUCCAUCUUGGUGGCCACUCAGACCACCUCAAAGGCCUCCCCAAUCUCCCAAAAGCAAAAUGGGAAAUAAUUAGUAUUUUAGGUGCUUAAUGGGUGCAUGGAUUCCCUGUGUGGCUUCUUUAAAAAUUGAAUUAUAUACUCUUGAGGACUUUUUUUGGGGCUUGGAAUUGGGGUUACAGGGACGAGAUAAAUAGAUCUCUAUUGAAUCUGCAGAUUAUUUAAGAAUUAAUUUUUCCAAGAUA